AUGGUGGUAUCUUCGGAAUGCCAGGCGAGUCUCGUUCUCGGUGUUCCACCGUACGUCGCUGCAGGAGCCUUUAAGGACAUCACCAGCAUCAGGGAUUUUGGUGUGAAUAAGUUGAUCUCUUGCUGUAUCCUUGAGACAUUGCAGGAUUCUUCGACAGUCGGCACGUUGCGUCGCAUAACACUCGACUUACCGGGUCUCCCGACCUCAAUUCUCCGGGAACGGUUGGCAUCCGUGGAGGAAAAUUCCUAUCGCACCUGCGUUCGCAUGGACUACGUUCCAUGUGACCCAGGGGAGGCCCACCGUUCAGUAUUUGGUGUGGAGGGGACAAAACUUUUGUUAAACGCUUCCACCUUCAUAACUGUUACGGCCGUUUCCAAAAAUCCUAACCGAUGUUUCUUGGAGAUUUGUGCAAAAUUCAGCGUGGACGUCGACGUCGCACCGGACGGAAUACAACGGGCAACCGACAACCCAACAUAUCGUGAUAUCGCGCAGUUUUGGGAACUGUACGUCACCUCCACGGCUACAGCAUUGGAGGACUAUCUUCUUUCUACGGCCUUUGCCACCGCUGAGCGUCAACCUGACAUGGCGACAGAGAAGGAAUUCAACGAGGUCGAAGAUGAGUACUGUCAGUGGGCUGCGAAAAGAUGUGGGCAGAUUCCGCGGGAGGAGGCAAUGCGUGUACUCGAGAAGGCCCUCAAUGCCUGGAUGCGUGAGCGACGUGAACUUAAGCAUCAACGGAUGAUAGGCGCACAGUUGAUGAUGGAUGCUUCCGGAUCUGCUGCUGUGGCCGCAACAGCAGCACGUGCACUUUCUUUGGCAACUGCGAGCGAAACUUCAACUAAUAAACAUUCGGUACCCAAACAGCCCCGCCGCACAACAGCCGCAUUGGCUUCAAAGAGCCCUACCGUAGAGGCGAAUCACUCAAUGACAUCCUGGGUUUCAACGACCCCGGUCAUUGGAAACAGUUCUAAGGCGGACAUGGAAAAGACGGAGCACGUGCCGUUCUUCUCGCCUGGUGGUGGACGUAGUUUGAGUCCUAAUCCAGCGGAACGCGAGACUGCGGCGAAGUUGGAGUCUGAAGUACAGAGUGCCGCACCACCUCACCGACCUGCGGCAACGGUGUUUAAAAAGGAACUUCUUGCCGAAUUCUUGACAGAGCUUGGUACAAUCAAUGAGCGGGUGGCACAAGUGCUUUUUGAGUCAUUGGACACACGUCAUGAGGGCUUCAUCACGGAACAACAAGUAAGCAUGGUGCUCGGCCAUCUGGACCCCUUGGGGCUCUACGAAGACCAAGAUGGAACAAUGCGCCUAAUAGAGGAGUACCGACAGAAUGUGAGCUCAGGCAAUUUCCGAAACAACGCGAUUGGUCAGAAAUCUUCAGACACAGGCCCGGCUUUUUCCACUGAUGUUGCUUCAUCCAACAAUUCCUCACCGAUAACGUUAAAGGACCAGGAAAUGGAAGGAAACGAGACCGCGGCUGAAGAACUUACUCCAGUUCGGGCUUUGAUCUGUCGUCACAAUGAACAGAAGAUGACUAUGAUGGAAAAAAUGAUCAAGAAGCGUACAACAGAGGUGAUGAGUAAUUAUGCAUACAGGACUCGCGGGAAACUGUACUACGACGAAUUUUGUUUGAUGAUGCUACAUCUUUUGAAGGAAUAUUGA